AUGAGCAAAGACCGCAACACAAUGGACCAAGACCUCGAAAUGGCCGAGAUCGAGGCGGACGCCAAGCGCCAAUCCUCAAACUGGCGCAAGGAGGAGCCUCGAACAUCAGCCGAGGCCGCUAGGGCUUCGACGUCUACAUCCAGUAUGUUGUCGACUGGCUCCAGUAGCUCUAUCGAAUACAACCCGAACUUUCACAGGCAGCAGUCACGGAAUACAGAAGUUGACUUAGAGCGUCGCCAAUCGACACUCUCUCAGGCCCUGAGCCGCAUAGAGACCCAACGGCUUCAACAUUCCAUGACCGUGGGUGAGAGCGUCAAGUCGCGACCAUCAAAGCUUCCUUUACCAGCAUUCGGUGCUGGCAAGCCUUACCCCCCACAGCUGCCGAACCGAGAGGAUUAUGUCGUAGAGGUGUGGAUCAGCACAAUUCUGGCAUUUACUAGUAUCUGCUCAACAUUUGAUUCUGCAAUCUUCAGCCCCUCCUCUAGAGCCGUUGCUAAGGUCUUUGGAGUUGGCCUCGAGGUUUCAACUCUGUCUAGCUCACUGUACAUCUGCGGCUAUGCUACCGGACUAUUGAUCUGGGCUCCUCUAUCUGAACUGAAAGGUCGUCGCCCUACAAUCAUCUUGGCUAUACUCGGGUUCGGUAUCUUCAAUACGGGCGUGGCAGUCGCUAAAGACUUGCAAACCCUGAUGAUCUGCCGUUUCUUCUGUGGUGUCUUUAGCAGUUCACCCCUGGCUGUUGUAGCAGCUGUCUUUUCAGACAUCUACAAUAACCGCACACGUAGUAUUGCUAUUGCGUGCUUCUCUAGCACAGUCUUUCUAGGCCCUCUCCUCGCGCCAUUCAUCGGAGGCUUCAUCAACAUGUCUUACUUAGCAUUCAUGGGAUAUACAGCUUUCGUGAUGAACCUAUUUUUCCUCAAGGAAUCUUAUCCUCCCGUUUUUCUUGUGGACAAGGCCGUGGAAUUGCGCCCGCGCACCAAACACUGGGGCAUCCACGCGAAGCAGGAAGAAAUCGAGGUUGACCUGCGGGAUCUGCUGAUCAACAACUUUUCUCGUCCACUGCGGCUCUUAGUCAAUGAGCCACUUAUUUUGGCAGUGACGAUCUACCUCACCUUCAUCUACAGCCUUCUCUACUGCUUCCUGGCUACCUAUACUCUUGUUUUCCAACAGGUCCACGGUAUGAAUGCUAGGGUCAGUGGCCUCCCCCUCUUUGGAAUAGUAGUCGGCCUUUUGAUUGCCGGCUCCUACAUUAUCAUUUCUAGUAGAGCAUACAAUCGCAAACUGGAUAAAAAUGGAGGUAUUCCAGUCCCCGAGUGGCGCCUUCCGCCUGUAAUUGUCGGUGGCGCCCUAUUCGCUGCUGGAAUUUUCUGGUUUGGGUGGACUGGAUUUACGAACGACAUCCCUUGGAUCGUGCCCACGCUCAGUGGGCUGUUUACUGGAUUUGGUCUUUUGAUCAUUUUCAUCCAGCUGUUCAAUUAUCUGAUUGAUACCUACCUUAUGUUUGCCGCCUCGGCCAUCGCCGCGAAUACCUUCUGCCGUUCCAUGGUGGCAGCCAGUUUCCCCCUUUUCUCGCGCCAAAUGUUUCAAAACAUGGGUAUUCAGUGGGCUACUACUCUCCUCGGCUGUGUCGCUGCCUGUCUAGUCCCCAUCCCGGUGGGAUUCUUUUUCGUCGGUAAGAAGCUAAGAAUGAAGAGCAAGUACGCACCGUUUUUCGAACCCGCAUCAGAGUCGCAUGCUGUGGAUUUGGCGGAAGAGGAAGUCGGAGAGAAUGAGGCGGACGGACGUGGUUGA